UCGCCUCACGCCCCCACCGCCGCCGAUAGGUACUCUGUGUACGGGCUAUCGAGGCUGGAGUCGGCUACCAAUCGUCCAUCCACAACAACAACGUGUCGCGUAAUUAUUUUCCCCUCUUGUUUAUAAAAUUAAACGCAUCAGAUUGUAAAUACACUGCACACAGCUGCAAAGCCCGCAAAACACACGGUCACAGCAGCAACUCGAACUUAAGCAACGAACGGGAAAAUCAUUAUCGUACGGGCAGUGAAGAGCAAUUAAUCAGGCGAAACCACCAAUCCAAGUACAAAGUAGCUUCCAAACCGCCAGCUAUUCAUUAAGUGCACAGUUCGCCAGGCGCUCAGCAGACAUAACGGUCGCUACACUCAAAGAAACCCACAAGUAUUACGGACCACACACCCACACAGUCACCCCACCACCACCAGCAUGGCCGCCAACAACUUGCGACAAAUCCCCCUGACCUGCAGUGGCCACACGCGACCCGUGGUCCACCUGGACUUCAGCGACAUCUGCGACGCCGGCUACUUUCUCAUCUCGGCCUGCAAAGAUGGCAGCCCGAUGCUGCGGCACGGCGACACCGGCGACUGGGUGGGCACCUUCGAGGGACACAAGGGCGCCGUGUGGAACGCCACGCUGAACCGGAACGCCACUUUGGCCGCCUCCGGAGCGGCCGACUUCACCGGCAAGGUGUGGAAUGCGGUGAGCGGGGCCGAGAUACACAGCUUCCAGCAUAAGCACAUCGUGAAGAGCGUGGCCUUCGACAGGGAUUCCGAGAACAUAGUGACUGGUAGCAACGAGAAGCUCGUGCGGGUCUUCAACCUGGAGCAGCCCGAGGCACAGCCGGAGGAGUACGCCGGACACACGGGGUCCAUCAAGCGGGCGCUCUUCUGCCGCGGCGACAAGUGCAUCAUCUCGGCGGCCGAGGACAAGACGGUGCGCCUCUGGGACCGCAUGACGGGCAUCGAGGUGCAGCGCCUGCAGUUCAACAGUAAUCCGAACAGCCUGGAGAUCUCUAGCGACAACCACAUCCUGACCAUAUCGCACGGCUCCUCGAUUAGCUUCUGGGAGAUCGACACGCUGAAGAAGCUGAAGGAGGUAAAAGUGCCGACGAACGUGGCGUCGGCCAGUUUGCAUCCGGAUAAACAUGUAUUUGUUUGUGGCGGCGAGGACUUUAAGAUGUACAAAUUCGAUUACAUUACAGGAAACGAAAUUGAAUCUUUCAAGGGCCAUUUCGGACCCGUGCACAGCGUGAAGUUCAGCCCGGAUGGCGAGCUCUAUGCCAGCGGCUCCGAGGACGGCACUCUCCGGCUGUGGCAAACCACUGUGGGAAAGACCUACGGCUUGUGGAAGUGCACGGAGCCCACGGACCUGGGCAAUUCCAUCAGCUCGCCGCGCGAGGUGCAGGCGAACUGAUGUUGGCGCAGCAGGAGUCGCUGCUACACAGCCCACGCUGCAUCGGCGACGCAACGGAAGGGCUCGUGACUCGGAGCUACGGCUGAGAUCCGAUUAUCAGAACAAGAACAACACGUAGUGUGGGCUACAAUAACGAUUCUUCAUAUUCCAACGCUGAACUCUCUCAUUGGCAUUAAAUGAUAAUCACACACAAAACUACAUUGUGAAAUGCAAUAGAAAUAAAUAACUUAAGUGUCGCA